GGCUAUUUGACGAAAUGACUCGACCCACCGUGAGUUUGACCGACAGCCCAGUCCUCGAGGCCAAGAACGCAACGCUGCGCACGUCGAUCGAGGCCCACGUGGCGUGGCACGGCGACCCCGCGAUGCUCGCCGACCGCGACCGCCUCACCCACGACCGCGACCGCCUCCGGUCGACGCUCGCCCGCGCCCAAGACAUCCGCCUCGCGACGGCGUCGGUCGUCGGCUGCCGCAAGCGCGUGUGCGACGGUGCCCACUGCGCCGAAUUCCGCAUCCAAGUCGACACCGUUGCCCACGGUACGCUGUAUACGUGGCACACGGAGGCAAAGUUCCGGGCUCUUGCCUUGGUGCUCACGGCCAGUGGCGCCGUCGUGCCCGACGUUCCGUCCACCGAGGUGCGCCGGUUCACCGAGACGGCGCUGCGCGAGCGCAUGCAGCUACUCGACAACUUCUUAAGCAGCAUCUGCGACAACAAGGCGCUCGAGUGGGGUGUCCGCGUACACGAUGACAUUUGUGUCUUCCAACUCAAAGCCCGUGCAAAAGCCACGCGGUAUUCAUCGUCGCAAGCGGCUCAAGUGCGCGCAGUCUUGGCGGCCAUGACCGAAGACUGCGAUGUGCACGACGAGUUCAAGCACCUGCGCGCGCGCCUCGCAGAGUACACGAGCGGCGACGUCAAUAAGAUCUUGGCGGCCGAGACAAGCGCCCUCCAAGACGACGUCCGCACGCUCCAGCGCCUCGUGGCGGCCGGUGACCGCAUCUACAUGCUCAGCGCGCGCGUGGUCGAAAGCCGCAAGGUCACGCGCCACGGCCGCCACGUCGACGAGUACCAGCUCGCGGUCGAGACCAACAGCCGCGGCACGCUCACCCUCUGGCACCGCUACUGCACCUUGUACCACUUGCGAACGCUCAUGCUGACCAAGUAUGGAGAUCGCGCGAGCGGCCUCCCAUCGCUCCCAAAACACAGCGUGUUUACCGUCCUCUCGGAGGCGUGUAUGAUCGACCGGGUCGCCAAGCUCAACGCGUACUUGGAGGCCGCCAUGGCCGACGAGAAGCUGCAGUGGGGUCUCCGCGUCGACGACGACACGCGCGUCUUCAAGUACCAGAAGCCACGACGCGCCCACAGCCGCGUCUCGGUGGCGUCGACUGCCGGCUCGUCCGACGAUGACGAGGCGUGAGGCCAACAGUAGUAGAGUGUCGAGUUGUGUCGUGAGGAUGCGAGUGGAUAAAUGUAUCUUUGUGUGUAUUAUGGCAGA